UGAACACAAAUUUCAAGACUACUUACGACUUAGGAAACAUUUUUCGAUUAUGAAUUCUUUAAAAAAAAUUAAUUGUAUUCAAUUAAAUUUAACACCAGUUAUAAAUCAUAUGCAAAUUUAUAUAAAUGAAUCAAUGAAAACAUAUGCAGAUGAACUUAUAUGUAUUACAAAACAAUUGGUGUAUGAUCAAAGUAUUGUAAUAAAUGAAUUAAAAAAAAUGGUUGACUUUGAUAUAGUAAAAAGUCAAAAAGACUUUGAAAAUUUACUCAAUGGUUUAAAAAAAACGAGAAAAGAUUGUACUAAUAUUGAGCACUGUUUUCAUAAUAUCAACUACUAUUUAUACAUCUUGGAGCAGGCUAAAAUGACCAUGCCUUCUGAGGAUUUAUCAAUUAUUGCACAAUUGCAAGAUGAUUGGAUAAUAUUACAAAAUAAUGUAGCAGAUAAGUGUAAAUAUUUAGACCAAGUCAAAAUUAUAUGGUCAUACGCAAUUGCAAUAAAAAUUAGAUCAUUUUUCAAGGAUCUUGAACAAUUUAUACAUAGUUAUAAAGAAUACUGUUUACAACGUUCAAAAGAUGAUUUAAAUUUUGAAAUACUAUUAAUUGAAGAACAUAACAAUGCAUUUGCAUAUUUCAUGGAACGAAAACAAGCAUUAACCGAAGCUGAAGAAAUAUAUAGUUUAAAUUUGUUACAGACUGAACAUUUUGAUAACCUAUAUAAUGAAUUCCAAAACAUUAAAAUUGUAUGUAAUUUAUACAAAAAACAAAAAUAUGAUAUUGAAAAAUGGUCAAAAUUACCAUGGACAAAAAUUGACAUAGAUUUUGUAAGAGAGAUUUUUGGAGCACUUAUGCUGCAAUUCAAAAGAUUACCCACAUUAAUUCGAAAUACACAACCUGCUUUUAUAUUAAAAAGAUAUUUAUCAGAAUUGAGACAAAGUAUUCCUAUUUUUUUGAAACUGAAAUCCAAAGACUUAAAACCAAGACAUUGGAAAGAAAUGUUAGAAACGAUAGAUUUAAAUACAAAUUGUUCAGAAGAUGUAUUGAGUUUUGGUACAAUAAUGAAAAUGCAAGUUGUUAAAAAUAAAAACGUAAUUUUACGCGUUCUAGAAAAAGCAACCAAUGAGAGUGACAUAGAAAAUCAAUUAAAAAUUAUAAAAAUAAGAUGGAAUACUAUAAAUUUAAAAAUAGAACAAAGUACUACAUUAUCAAAAAUAGAUUAUCAUUUGCAAGAAGUUGAAGAUAUUUUACAAUUGUUAGAAAAUGAUCAAAUUAUAAUAAGUAAAAUAAUGAACAAUAAUGCUGUAGAGCCUUUUCUAAUAACUGUCGAAAAUUCUCGAAAAAAAUUGUCAACAAUAAAUGAAGUUCUUAAUAAAUGGUGGUCACUACAACAAAAAUUGAUUUCUUUAGCCGAAAUCUAUUUGAAUAAGGAAUUAAAAACCAAUUUCACGGAAGAAGUAAAUCAAGUUAAGGAUUUUCUUAAACUAUACAGAAAUGUAAUGAUUUAUGCGUAUUCAAAAAAAAGAGUUAAUGAACUAUGUUUUAACACUGAUAUCUCAAACCAAAUUUUAUGGUUGGAAGAAAAUAUAGGAUUUAGCAAGAAAACUUUGAAAAAAUUUGCAUUAGAUAAAAGAAACUUAUGUCCGAGAUUUUAUUUUUUAUCUGAUGACAAAUUACUGCAAAUUUAUGGAAGCCUCAAUCCUUUUGAUGCACAAGAAAUUAUUAUUCAAGUGUUUAAUAAUAUAAAAUGUUUCUUGUUUCAAAAUCACGAUGAAACCUUUACAAUUACGGCAAUCAAGUCUUGUGAAGAUGAAAUACUGACUUUAAAAAAUGUUAUAGCUGUACAAAAUUCUGUAGAUCAUUGGUUACCUAUAUUAAUUAAUGAAAUACACAAAACGCAUCAUUUCUUGGUUAAAAAUGCUAUUUUUGAAUUAGGAACAAUUUUUAAUUCUAAUGAGUUUGGCUGGAUUAAAAAAUUUCAAGGCUCAGUUUGUUUAGUUGCGGAUUAUGUAUGGUGGACAAUCGAAGUACAAAACACUUUCCGAAAAAUUCAAUUAGGAGAAAAAUUAAGUAUGAGAAAAUAUUUAAAUCAACUAAAAGGUAGAUUAAAAGAAAUUGGUAUUGCACUCAAUGAUCAAAUAAUUGAAAGUGAUAGGAAAAAAUUAAAUUCCUUAUUAUUAUCUUUUGUUCACCAAAAAGAUACAAUAGAAUUUUUCGUGAACAACAAUAUUACAAGUAUCAGUGAUUUCGAAUGGGAUUGUACAUUAAAAUAUUAUUGGUUGAAAUCUGAAAAUAAUUUAUUCUUCUCUCAAUGUUCAGAGUAUUUUCAAUUUGGUCACGAGUACAUGGGAUCGAAUAGAAAUUUAUUAAUUACGCCAUUAACUAAUCGAAUAUAUUUAACUUUUACUCAGGCUUUAAAAAUGAAUGUAGGAGGCGCGCUUAUUGGUAAUUCUGGAACUGGGAAAUUGCAAACAAUAUUAACAAUGUCCAAAUUAUUUGGACAACUAUGCAAAGUUAUAACAUGUAGUGAUCAAUUAAACCAUGAAAUAUUUGAACAAUUUUUAAUUGGGAUUUGCAAAAGUAAAGUUUGGGGUUUAUUUCAAAAUUUUAACAAAAUAAACCAAAAAACAGUAUGUAUUUUAUCAACUUUAUUUUCAUCUCUGAAGUGUCAGUUAUUGACAAACGAAAAUAUAUCAAAAGGAUGUAGUCCAAUUAUAAAUUUAAAUUGUGGAAUUUUCUUAACGAUGAAUAUUGAAAAACCUAAUAAAAAUUCAACAAAAAUUGAUGAAAUAAUAAAAAACAAUUUUCGACCGGCUUCUUUAAUAGUACCUGAUUUUCAGCAAAUAUGUUUAACAAUGCUAUACUCCGUAGGACUUCUUAAAGCAAAAGUUUUGUCCAAAAAAAUUACAUUAUUGUACAAAUUAUGCAAAGCACAACUUUCUACACCUUUCAACUUUAUCUUUAAUUUAAGAUCUUUAAAAGCGCUUAUCUCUUUCAUAAGCAAUAUCAAUAAUGAUCAUUCUGACUUUAAAGAAAAAGAUAUAGUUGCAAAAGCGUUAAAAGAUUUUUAUUUACCCCAAUUAAAUGAAAAUGAUAAACAAUUAUUCCUAUCAUUUUUAUCGGACUUAUUUCCGAAAAAUCAACAUUUCACUACCAAUAACCUUAGUUUAAAAGUAUCUAUCGAAAAAAUAAUUGCUCAAGGCAAUUAUAAGAAAAUUGAUAAUCAAAUUGAAAAAAUUAUUGACUCGUUAAAUGUAAUUAAAUAUCGAAAUUCCCUGGCAUUAAUUGGGCCUACAUGCGGAGGCAAAUCUACUAUACUUAAAAUUAUAUGUGAAGCAUUGAGCGACAUUGAAAAAGUUAUCCAAUUAACAACCAUUCAUCCCAAUGCUUUCACCAUAUCAGAACUUUAUGGAUACAUAGAUACAAUAACAAGAGAUUGGAAAGAUGGAUUACUUACAUAUAUUUUCAGAAAAAUUAAUCAACCAAUUAUACGUAAUAAUAUAUUUGAUCACUUUAUAUUAUUUGAUGGCAGUUUAGAUUUGUUAUGGAUUCAUGAACUAAAUUCUGUGAUAGAUGAUAAUAAAACAUUAAUAUUAAACAACGGUGAACAAAUUAGGAUCAGACCACAGUGUAAGCUUUUAUUUGAGGUUGGUAAUUUGAAUUACUCGACUCCAUCUACGAUUUCUCGAAUGAGUUUAAUUUUUAUUGAUCCAAAUGACCUCGGAUAUGAACCGUAUUGGGAUUGUUGGCUGAAAUCGAAAAAUCUAAUGGAGCAAACAGCUAUGGAUCAAUGUUUUCAUAAAUAUGUCCCAGAGUUAUUAAAAUUGAUUUUCGGUGAAAAAUGUACCAAUGCAUGUACAGGAGUGUUGAGUAUGGCAGUUCAUCAAACAAAAUUGAAUCUAGUGACUCAAUUAUGCUUUAUUUUGGAUGUAAUGCUACCUUUAGUUUCAUCAAACAAUAAAUCUACAAAAACUAGUUUUGAAAAAAGAAUGUCAUUAAUUGAAGACUCGUCGUCUACUCCCUUACAUUCAAUGGCAACAUUUAUUGCUGGUGUAGAUAUGCUAGAAGCUGUAUUUAUACAAGCAUUAUAUUUAUCGCUUGGAGCUUCGCUCGCAGAUGAUUCAUCUCAAUAUGCUUUCGAUGCAUCUGUAAAAAAAUUGACUGGUUUUCCAUUAUUUUCAAUAAAUGAAGACCAGUCAAAAUUAAUAAACUUAAAAUACAUACCAUGUGGUGAAUGCACAUGGUAUGACUAUUAUUUAGACUUCAAUAAAUUAGAGUGGAUAUCUUGGGAAAAAGUAGUUCCUGUUUACAGUCAUAAGUUAAAUUUUAAAUUUAAUGAAAUUCUUAUCCCAACGGUGUCCACAACAAAAUUUAUAUGGCUACUUCAGCUAAUAAAUGAAUUCCAUUUUAGAAGUGUUUCUUUCAAAAAGGUAAAGCGCCCUACAAUUUUAGUUGGGAGAAUGGGUUCUGGGAAAUCUGCUUUAUUGCAAUAUUUUCUGUAUGGCUUAAGUUCACUAAAUUUUAUGAAAAGAACUUUAAACUUCUCUACUAAAACGUCUUCAAUAGAAGUGCAGAAUAGCUUAAAAACAAAUUUAGAACAACGUUCUCAAAAUGUCUUAGGCCCUCCUGUUGGAAAACGAUUAGUUUACUUUAUUGAUGAUUUAAAUUUACCACAUGCAGACGAAUUGGGUACACAAACACCUAUAGCUUUCUUAAAAAGUAUAUUCGAUAAACAAGGAAUCUACGAUCAGGAAAACUAUUUUAGAUGGAAUGAACUUGUCGACAUUUGUUUCUUUGCAGCAAUGGGCUAUUCUGGAGGAAGUCGGAAUAUUUUAGAUCCACGAUUUUUAUCGCUUUGCUCAAUAUUUAAUUUACCAUCAUCGUCAGAUGAUACUAUAAAACAUAUUUUUCAUACCAUUUUGUCAAUACACGUUGAAAAUUUUACUGAAGAUGUACGAAAUGCUGUUAAAAAUAUAAUUAACAUGACAAUUGGUUUAUACAACGUUGUACUAGAAAAACUUCAUCCUACACCAGAAAGAUAUUUGUAUUUAUUUAACAUAAACCAUAUAAGUCAAAUUAUUCACGGAAUGACUCGCAUAUCACCCGAAGUAUUCACUACAAUAGAAUUGUUUGUUCGAGUUUGGCGAAAUGAAAUUACUAGAGUAAUGUGUGAUCGAUUAAUAAAUCAACAGGAUAAAGACAUUUUUGAUUUCCACUUAAAACAAGAAUUGAAACUGUAUUUUCCACAACAAUUAGAUUACGUACUCCGUGAUCCACUUUUAUUUGGAGAUUGCAGAAAUGCUGUAGAUUCAAAAGAUAACUCAAGAAAAUAUGAAGAUUUAAUUGAUUAUGAUUCGGUUUAUCAUUUGUUUCAAGAGAUAUUGACGAAAUAUAAUACAACUUAUGGUUUAUUAGAUAUGAUCUUAUUUAAUAAUUCCUUAGACCAUAUUAUUAGGAUUCACCGUGUAUUAAGGAUGAAUAAAGGACAUGUAAUAUUAAUUGGACCUAGCGGAAAUGGAAAAAGUUCAUUAUCUAAAUUAUCAUCAUAUACAUCAGGUUAUACUAUGUUUUUUUAUAAAUGUCAUAAAACAGAUGAUAGUAAAACAUUUGAACAACAUUUUAAAGAAACUUUACAUCAAAUUUUUUGUGAAGCUGGAAUUAAAAAUCAACCAACAAUUCUUAUACUUGAUGAUAUAGAAAUAAUUGAAGAAAAUAUUUUAGAGUUCAUAAAUAAUAUUUUAAUAACUGGAUUUGUACCAUCAUUGUACUCUGAUAAAGAAAAGAAAAAAAAAAUAACUGAAGAAUUGAAAAAGAAGUUUGACAAUUCUCAUCCAAAUUUUAACGCAAAUAGUUACUGGGACUUUUUUUUAACUAACUGUUAUAACAACCUUCAUUUAAUAUUGCUUAUGGAACCAGGAUCAAACUUAAAAUUACAUUUUAGAAAUUUUCCUGGGCUUUUAAAUAAAACUUACAUAAAUUGGAUUCAUGAUUGGCCUGUACAAGCAUUAAAGGCAGUAGCAGAAAGAAUUGUAGCUUAUGAAAAUAUUGUACCGGAUAAAUAUAUUUGUAGUAUUUUAAAACAAAGUAUUUAUACGCAUCAAUCAGCAGAUAACUAUGCUAAGUUAUUUAAUAAAGAAACAUCAAAGAAAAUUCGUUUUUCUCUAAAACACUUGAUAGAUUUUAUGACUAUAUUUAAGGAUUUAACUAAAAAAAGAUCAGCUUUUCUAUGUACUAAGGUUUAUCAAAUAUCACUGGGUUUAAAAAAUAUUGAACAUAUUUCACAAGAAGUUAUCAAACUAAAUGAAAUUAUUCUUCAUCAAAAAGAAAAAAUUUCUCAACAAAACCUAGAGUGUUCAUUUUUAAACGAAGAAAUUAUGAAAACUUGCAUACUUAUUGAAAAUCAAAAAAAAAAUUUAUUUGAUUGUAAAAAAGAACUACAAUGUAAAACUGACAUAAUUAAAACUAAUCUACAGCAACUAUUCGAGUUAGAUCAAAAAAUGAUGCCAAUUUUAAAUAAUUUUAAAACAUCGUUAAAUGAUCUAAAAUCAGAAAACUUUGAAGAAAUUAAACUAAUAGAUACACCUUCCGAGUCUUUGAUAGAGUUAUGCGAAUGCAUUGCUAUUAUUAAAAGCUAUGAAGAUUUUAAUACACGGAAAACAUUAAGUGAUAUGGUUGGAGAGCCGGGAUUUUUAGAAAGUUUAUGUUCAUUAGAUUUUGAUCAAAUUAGUCAUAGACAACGAAUUCAAUUACAAGAUAAAAUGAAAAUUAUUAAUAAAAAUAUAACUACACGCGAUAUUAGUACACUUGAAAAUAGUUUAUUUAGAUUUAUUAAAUCAAUUGAAGAAGCAUGCUUCAUUCGUCAAAAAAUGAUUUCAUUAAAAUCUAAAAUUAAAAAAUUGGAAGAAGACUUCGAUGAAAAUAAGCAAAUUGCAAAAACUGAGGAUGAUAAGUUGAAUAAUUUUCAAAAUAAAUUACUCAACCUCCAAGAACAUUUAGAAAAAUAUUUGAAUGAAAUAAAAAACUUAAAAUAUGAAAAUGUAUCUUUAGAAAAAAAGUUUAAUAUUGCAAAAAAACUUUUGGAAGAAUUAAAUUUAAAAACUGACAGAUAUAUUUUGGAUCAAAAUAAAUAUGAAUUAAUGAAGGAAGAAACAAUUGGCAACUCAUUAAUUUGUGCUUCAUUUCUUAUAUAUGCUGGUCCUUUUUCCUUAAAAUAUCGCACUAACAUGAUAUAUAAUGAUUGGAUUAACAAUGCCCUUCGUUUAAAGAUACCAUUAGAUAUAAACCUUAAAAUAGAAAAUGAACUCGCAAGUGACGUUGAAAUAGCAAAUUGGACUCUAAAUGGUUUACAAUCAAACGAAUACUUCACUCAAAAUGCUAUAAUUAUUACUCAAUGUUUUCGAUAUCCAUUAUGUAUAGAUCCACAAAAUCUAAUCACUAAUUGGAUAGCAAAUCAUGAAAAAAAAAACUCUUUAAUGUUAGUCUCCUUUAUUGACUGUGAUUAUUUGAAUAACUUAAAAAAAGCUAUUCAAAAUGGUUUACCUAUCAUUUUCACUGAUUUUGAAAACAUCGACAUAGAUAUCAAAAAUAUAUUAAAUAAAAACAUAAAAUCGAAUUCAAAUAAUUGUUUAUAUAUAGAAGUCAAUGAUGAGCAUUUAGAAUAUAACGAACAGUUUAGAUUAUAUCUAAUGACAAAAUUGACUGAUCAGCAAUUUUCAUCAAAUGUUUAUUCAUUAACGACUGUUGUAAAUUGUUCCAUUACUCAGAAAGGAAUGGAAGAUUAUUUUCUUGAUAUAAUACUUAAAAACGAAAAUAAUGAAUAUGUAGAAAAAAUGAAGAAAACUUUAUCUAAAGAUUAUGAAUGUCGAAAAUAUCUUCAAGAACUUGAAAAUACUUACUUAGAAAAAAUAAUGAGUUAUGAAAGUUCUUUUAUUGAUAAUUCUCAUUUUGUUGAUGAAUUAAAAAAUAUUAAAUCACAAUUAAAUUUGUAUUGUUCUGAAAAGGAAUUAGUUUUUAAAGCUAAAUCUGAAAAUGAAAAAUUAAGAACACUGUAUAAAACUAUUUCUGAACUCUGUGCUUUAUACUACAAAAUCCUGUAUGAUUUAAGAAAUGUGGACACAUUAUAUCAAUUCUCAUUACAAUUCUAUGAACAAUUAUUAAUAAGGUCUAUAAAAUUAGCACCACAAGACAAAAUAUUAUCCGAGAGGAUAUUUAAUAUACUUCAACAACUAACUAAUUAUUUAUUAGAAUUCAGUUGCUUUAGUAUUUUUGAAAAACACAAAUUAUUGUUUUUGUUUGAAAUGUCUUGCAUUACAGAAAAAUAUUAUGGAAAUCUAUCUGAUUCAGAGAUAAUAUUUUUCAUAAAAGGAAGUUUAGGUUCUCUAAAUGUUAAUUUGAAAAAUCCUACUUCAUGGUUACCGAAUAAAUGUUGGCAAAACUUAGUCAAGCUAAGUUUAUGUUUAAGCAACUUUUCUAAUUUAACUGAACAUUUUCAGAAAAAUACAAAGGAAUGGAAAGAGUGGUAUUAUUUAGAGUAUCCAGAAGAUUUAAACACUACACCCAUUAAAAUAAACAAGUACUUUGAUAUGUUACUUCUUCUAAGAUGUUUUCGAACUGAUCGAUUAUAUCAAGGAGUAAAAAAUUAUGUCCAUAAAGUAAUCAAUACAAAUAAUCAUAAUAUUAUGAAUAUUGGUAAUAAAUGUUUUGAAUUGCUGCAAAAUAAAUUUUCAAAUUUUUCAUCUUGUGUGUUGGUUUUGAACUACAAAUCAGACUGUUUACCAAUCUUACUUGAAUUAGCCAAGAAGAAUAGCAAAGACAAUUUUACAUAUGAUGUAUUAACAUCGGCAGUUUCUGAAGAAUCUGUAAUCUUCACAUCAUUGAAUUCUGCCAUGGACAAAGGAAAUUGGUUAAUUUUACAGAAUUUUAAUUUCACGAAAUCAUUUAUUUUGAAAAUACAAUAUAUUUUAUAUGAAAAAAAUCAGCCUUGUCAUCCAAAUUUUAAAUUAUGGGUUUUACUAGAACCUUUAUCGAUUAUUCAAUAUCCAUCAACGUUUCUUCUUAGAUCAUUAAAAGUUAUAAUAGAACCACCAAAAAGUACCAAAACCAUCUUAAUGAAUGCGUUAAAAACAGUUGAUUUAAGCGAUUUAGAAUACCAAUCACGACAUCCUUGUUAUAGAUCAUUAUUGUUUGCGUUAUUAUUUCUUCAUGGAAUAUUAUUGGAACGUAAAAAAUAUAAUAAAAUUGGGUGGAAUGUCUCAUACAGUUUUGAUUUUUUAGACAUUAAAAUGUGUCAACAAAUAUUAGAUAUGUAUUUAAGUAAUACAUAUUUAGAUGAAAUACCUUGGAUCAAAAUAAAAACAUUAAUUGGAGAAAUUGUUUAUGGUGGAAAAAUAGUAAACAAUUAUGAUAAUCGAGUGUUAUUAACAUACAUUGAAGAAUAUUUAGGAGAAUUUAUUUAUAGUACUUAUCAACCAUUCAGUUUUUUCAAAUGUGACAAUAAGAGUAAAACUUCACAAUAUCACAGAAUGGAACGAUUGUUACUUCAGAAUAAAAAUAUUAAUUUAUUUGAUAUAGUUGACAAAAUUCCAACAACAAUUAAUCCAGAUACUUGUGGGUUACAUCCAAAUGCUAUGUACGUCUAUAAUAAUGAACAAAUCGCAUACAUCUGGAGAAAUAUGAUGAAACUGUAUCCAAAUAUUUCAACUGUUAAAAAUGAUAAUAAUUAUUGGUGUGAAGUUGUAAAUUACAAAAAGGAAAAAAUUUUUAAUUCGUUACCUUCAUUAUAUGAUAUGAAUAAAGUUCGCAGUUUUUAUGAAAAUAAAAAAAAUAAUCCAAGUAUUAUAGUUUUAUUUCAAGAACUCCAACAUUUUAAUAUUUUAUUGGAAACUAUUAGAAACGGCUUAACAAAGUUACAAAUGGUAUUUUUAGGAAAGUUGGAAAUGGAUUCCGAAUUGGAAGACGUUUACUCGUGUUUAUAUUUAGAUCUUAUUCCAAAGUCGUGGAAACGCAUAUCAUCACUAGCUAUUAAAUCACUGUCACGUUUUUUGGAUCACAUAAACCAACGAAAUUUACAAUAUUCUACUUGGAGUCAAAUAAGUGAGCCUCUAGUUAUAUGGUUAUCAGGAUUACAUUCGCCAAAAUCUUAUCUUACAUCAUUAAUGCAAAUAGCUUGCAGAAAUUAUUCCUGGGUACUUGAAAAUUGUACACUUAAAACAGAUGUAACUCAAUGGCUCACUGAUACUGAAGUCUAUCAAAAACCAAUCAUGGGAUGUUAUGUGGUUGGAUUGUACUUAGAAGGUGCACGAUGGGAUGUUGAAAACAAACAUUUAACAGAACCUAGUCCACAUAUUAUGAUCGAAAAUAUGCCAAUAUUAGCUAUAGUUCCAAUAGAAUUUAAUUCAUUAAGAAUUCCGAAAAAUACUAUUAGUGUUCCAGUAUAUUUAACUUCAAAAAGAGAAGGAAACUCAGAGUAUGAUAAUUGCAUAUUUAAAGUUACUUUAAACACAAACAUUCACAAAAAUUUUUGGAUAUUACGGGGAGUUUGCAUUAUUAUGAAUUCUGAAUAA